AUGGCGCAUGUACGGAUCAAACAUGUACUGUUCUACGCAGCGCUGCCAGCCAGCUGCCAGGCCGUGCGGGUUCUCGUCUCCUCGUGCCUCUUCCCCUUGUUCUCGGGCUGCCGCUUCAUCCACAGUCCUGCGAGAACCCAGCACGUUGCCCAACCAUGCUUUGAAGUUUGGAUCCUGGAUCCUGCUUUCAACUGUCCUGGCUUUCAAGUUUGCCCAUUGACCCCUUCUUCUCCCAUCCUUCCUCGGCGCUGGUUAAUUGCUCAGCGGCAGCCCCCCCCCAUAGAAGCAAGCAUAACGAUUUGCCGAGUAGGCGGUUUCAGCAAUAUCCCGCCGUCCAACUUUAAAAGCUUGCCGUGUCCCGUUCGUUCGACCUCUCGCCAUCCCGCCGUGUCUGCACAAUCCAGUUUCGCUGCGACGUCAACUCUUCUUGCUUUUGUGGUCCUCCACCUCGUGGCUUUCACCCACGAUAGCAGCACUUCCUCGGAGGUGCAAUCACACUCGCUUGUAUCUCCUCCUACUUGCAGUUGGCUCGCGAGAGGCUCCGUCAUGGCCGACGCACCAAACCCACCCCCGCAGAGUUCCGAGCCCUCGGCUCAACGCUCAACGCCCUACGCCGCCCCGCCCGUCUCCGUUUCUACACCAAACGUUGUUCCUCAACUGUCUUCUCCCGCUCCUCCUGUACUUCGUCCGGCCCUCCCCGGUGGCCGUCCUGGUGGCCGUACUCCUCGAUUGGGUCUGGCCAUCCCUCCCUCGCCCAAUGCGAAAGCUCUUGGCAGUCAGGCAGCUCAGACGGUCUCAUCUAGACCCCCGCUUCCGACGCUUCACCUGGCCACACCUAUGGGCAGCCAAAUCACCCCGUACGAACAACCUCCCAGGUCGCAAGGAGCCCAGCCUGGCCACUCGGCAGAUGGCGGUAGUGAGAGUAGCGCCGCACACUCCAGGUCCGAUAGCUUCGGGCCGCUCGAUGGCAAAACCAGCAAUCCUACCUCGGCCGGGUCGCAGUUCUCCGCCCUUUCCUUCGCUUCCCAAUUCGGCAUCCCAGUGACCCGAGCCCAAGGAACCCCAGACCCCAUAUCGGCAGUUGGGUCACUGAUCUCGGAAAGAAGCGAAGGGGGCGUUCCUAUGGAAAGAGACAGCAGCCUGCAGGGCUUGGAAGCUUUUGAUCUGCUGAGCUUGGAAAAGGCGAGGAAUGCCGAUGUCGAGGAGCUUGAUGACGAGGGCUGGAGAAUCGCAAGCGUCGAAAAACGAGUCGUCGAACUGGGAAACCUGGGCGAAGGAGCCGGCGGCGCCGUCACAAAGUGCAUUCUCAAAGGGGGCAAGACAGUCUUUGCUCUCAAAGUCAUCACUACGAAUCCGGAUCCGGAUGUAAAGAAGCAGAUUGUCCGGGAGCUGGGUUUCAACAAGGAGUGCGCAUCAGAGCACAUUUGUCGCUACUACGGUGCUUUUGUAGACCCGUCCACCGCGACCAUCUCAAUCGCCAUGGAGUUUUGUGAAGGUGGUUCCUUGGACAGCAUCUACAAAGAGGUCCAUCGAUUAGGGGGCAGAACCGGAGAAAAAGUUCUCGGAAAGAUCGCUGCAGGCGUCUUGGGUGGUCUCACCUACCUCCACACCCGCCGAAUCAUUCACCGCGACAUCAAACCGUCCAACAUCCUUCUAUGCCGGAACGGGGCGGUAAAGUUGUGCGACUUUGGUGUUUCUGGGGACUUUGGUACAAAGGGGGAAGCAAAUACCUUCAUCGGCACAAGCUACUACAUGGCGCCCGAGCGAAUCACGGGCAAAUCCUACACCAUCAACUCAGAUGUUUGGUCAACCGGCGUGACGUUGCUGGAAGUUGCCCAGCAUCGAUUUCCCUUCCCGGCUGACAGUUCCGAAAUGCAGCCUCAGACAGGAUUGAUUGACCUGCUGACGUACAUUGUACGGCAACCCGUGCCAGUACUCAAGGACGAGCCGGACAAGGAUGUGUAUUGGAGUGACAAUUUCAAGUACUUCAUCGCGAGCUGCCUCGAGAAGCUGCCCCACCGUCGUGGUAGCCCGUGGAAGAUGCUCGAGCACCCCUGGAUGCUCGAGAUGCAAGCCAAACGCGUCAACAUGGUCAAGUACCUGUCCUUCGUUUGGGGUUGGGACGAGGAGCAAGCUGCAGUAUCGUGA